UAUCGUUCUCUCUCGACCUCCGAACACCCUCUUCCGUUUUCAGAGCAGUAUCCUAUUCUGCCCCCUCCUUACCACUCUCUGUUACUUCCUCACGCGCCGCCAGUCCUUUCGGCGACCAAAAUCACUGUUUCCUUCUCCGCCUUCCCUCUCCUCCCCUAUCAAAAAACCCAAAAACAACAAAAAGAAAUAUAUCAAAAGACUGAAACGAAAAACACAGUAUCUCUGUUAGUCAUUUUAUCGAAUAAUUGGUGUGCGCUUCUAUCACUCGUUCUCUUAUUUAAGCUAGGUUUGGUGUAGCGUGGACUGAUAGGGUUAGGGUUUGGUGUUUGUUUUAUUAGAAUAAAAAGAGGAGAGGGAAGAUAAAUUGAAAAAAAAAUAAAAAAAAUUCGAAUAGAAAUAUUUCAAGAGAAAAAAAGGAAAUGGCACAGGUUCAAGUUCCGGUUCAGGCUCAGGGUGUGAACGGCGGGGCCAACCCCCAGUUCGUGACUACUUCCCUUUAUGUCGGGGAUCUGGAGGCGAACGUGACGGAUUCGCACCUGUACGAUCUGUUUAAUCAAGUCGGUCAAGUGGUUUCUGUUCGGGUUUGCAGGGACUUGACUACACGGCGAUCGCUCGGUUAUGGCUACGUUAAUUAUAGCAGUCCUCAGGAUGCUGCUAGGGCAUUGGAUAUGCUGAAUUUCACCCCUCUCAAUGGAAGCCCCAUCAGAAUUAUGUAUUCUCAUCGUGACCCUAGUAUUCGCAAAAGUGGCGCUGGCAACAUAUUUAUCAAGAAUCUGGACAAGGGAAUUGACCACAAAGCAUUGCAUGAUACUUUCUCGGCAUUUGGUAACAUCCUAUCUUGCAAGGUGGCUACAGAUUUCUCUGGCCAGUCAAAGGGCUAUGGCUUUGUACAGUUUGACAAUGAGGAAUCUGCCCAAAAGGCUAUAGAGAAGUUAAAUGGGAUGCUAUUGAAUGAUAAGCAAGUGUAUGUUGGACCUUUUCUUCGCAAACAGGAAAGAGAGAGUGCCACUGACAAGAUGAGAUUUAACAAUGUCUUCGUAAAGAACCUCUCAGAAACAGUCACUGAUGAAGAUUUGAAUAAAACUUUUGGUGAAUUUGGAACAAUCACUAGUGCUGUGGUGAUGAGAGAUGGAGAUGGAAAAACAAAGUGCUUUGGAUUUGUCAACUUUGAGAAUGCAGAUGACGCUGCUAGAGCUGUUGAGGCCCUUAAUGGAAAGAAAUUUGAGGAUAAGGAGUGGUAUGUUGGGAAAGCCCAAAAGAAAUCUGAAAGGGAAACUGAAUUAAAACUUCGAUUUGAGCAGAGUAUGAAGGAGGCAGCUGAUAAGUUUCAAGGGGCCAAUUUGUACAUUAAAAACCUAGAUGAUAGCAUAAGUGAUGAUAAGCUUAAGGAGCUCUUCUCUCCAUUUGGUUUAAUCACAUCAUGCAAGGUUAUGCGUGAUCCUAAUGGAAUAAGCAGAGGUUCUGGGUUUGUUGCUUUCUCUACUCCCGAUGAAGCAUCCAGAGCUCUCAUGGAGAUGAAUGGCAAAAUGGUUGUCAGCAAACCUUUAUAUGUGGCACUUGCACAACGAAAAGAAGAUAGAAGAGCCAGGCUGCAGGCACAAUUUUCUCAAAUGAGGCCAGUUGCAAUGGCACCAUCAGUUGCUCCUCGAAUGCCAAUGUACCCCCCUGGUGGUCCAGGACUGGGACAGCAGAUAUUCUAUGGACAAGCCCCACCUGCUAUAAUACCUCCUCAGCCUGGAUUUGGAUAUCAGCAACAGCUUGUACCUGGUAUGAGGCCUGGUGGAGCUCCUAUGCCAAAUUUCUUUGUGCCUAUGGUUCAGCAGGGGCAGCAGGGACAGCGUCCUGGUGGUCGACGGGCUGGAGCUGCUCAGCAAUCUCAGCAGCCAAUGCCACUAAUGCAGCAGCAGAUGCUUCCAAGGGGACGUGUCUAUCGCUACCCUCCUGGGCGGGCCUUGCCUGAUGUUCCAAUGACUGGUGUUGCUGGAGGGAUGCUUUCUGUUCCAUACGACAUGGGUGGUAUGCCAAUGCGUGAUACAGCUUUGUCUCAGCCAAUUCCAAUUGGUGCUUUGGCUAGUGCACUUGCAAAUGCUAGUCCAGAACAGCAGAGGACGAUGCUGGGUGAGAAUCUCUACCCUCUGGUAGAACAGCUGGAGCCUGAUGCAGCUGCUAAGGUGACAGGAAUGCUUCUAGAGAUGGACCAGACUGAGGUUUUGCACUUGCUGGAGUCGCCAGAAGCUCUAAAAGCAAAGGUUGCUGAGGCAAUGGAGGUUCUGAGGAGUGUGCAGCAGCAACAGGCUAGUGGCGCAGCUGAUCAGCUAGCAUCUCUGUCAUUGAAUGACAACCUUGUUUCCUAGGUUGUGUGAGCGUGUUUGAAAUCGUGAUGUGUUUUGAUCUGACAAUCAGACUGAUUUUUUUUUAGUAGUAGCAUAAGAAUUGUCUUUUUUUCUUUUUUUGAGAUUCUUUCAGGAGUUGUUUUGAAGGUUGUUAAAUUUAUGGUUUACUAGUUUCAAGUUUGCUUAUGUGCGUGAUUGAGCACCUGUUUCUUAGAUUUGCUUGAAUAUAUUUUUUGCAAGUUUUAGUUUA